CGCUGGCCGUUUGCGAAGCUUUCUGGCUUAAAUUUCCGAAGCGGGUGAGAAGGAGCUCUCGUGUUGUGUUGCCAUGGUUUUUUAUUUCACGUCCAACGUUAUUCCUUCUGUUUAUACAAUUUAUAUGGGAAAAGACAAGUAUGAAAAUGAAGAUCUAAUAAAAUAUGGUUGGCCAGAAGAUAUUUGGUUUCAUGUGGACAAGCUCUCCUCAGCACAUGUCUACCUCCGGCUAUAUAAGGGGCAAACAGUGGAUGAUAUUCCUAAGGAGGUUUUGAUAGAUUGCGCACAGCUUGUGAAGGCCAACAGCAUUCAAGGCUGCAAAAUGAAUAAUGUUAAUGUAGUAUACACCCCAUGGGCCAACCUAAAGAAAACAGCAGACAUGGAUGUGGGCCAGAUUGGAUUUCAUAAACAAAAGGACGUAAAGAUAUUGACAGUGGAGAAGAAGAUAAAUGAGAUUUUGAACCGACUGGAAAAGACCAAAGAGGAACGAUUCCCAGACCUGGCUGCAGAGAAAGAAGCCCGUGAUAGGGAGGAGAGAAAUGAGAAAAAGGCCCAGAUCCAAGAGAUGAAACGAAAGGAGAAAGACGAAAUGAAAAAGAAAAAGGAAAUGGAAGAGCUUAGAAAUUACUCUUCCUUAAUGAAAGCAGAAAAUAUGACUUCUAACCAGGAUGGCAAUGACUCUGAUGACUUCAUGUAAAUCUAGCACCCUCCUUGUGGAAGAUGAAGAUGAAUUUUGACAUCUUAGCCUUUUGCUCUGGAUGCCAAAAAUAAGCAAAUGAAAUUGUUUUAUUGUGAGCAGCAAGUAUCUGUUCAUUUUCCUGGACAGAUCAUUCCUGUUAAAGUUCUGAAACCAUCCGUUGUGACUCCAGAGCUACUAGGGUGUCUUACUUCCUAGAGAGGCUGGAUUUUGGGGUGACUAUAUUUCCAGGAUAGGUUGAGGAGAAGGCUACACUCAAGAGGCUUUGAGCCAGAAAAUCAGUUUCUGCCUUAAAUUUUCCUGGGGAGCAGAACUGGGAAGUUUUGCCAUUAUCUUUUCAAUAUGCAUCAUUGAGCUGAGAAAUAUUUUUAUCUCACAGUGUUUGGAGUUUGAUUUUUUUUUUAGUUUAUUUAGUUGUUUGGGUACCUGUUUGCACCAAUUACAAUUUGAUACCUCUCAUCCCUUAGAAAUCUGAAUUCAGAACAGCUUUCUUUCCAUGCUUAUACUUGGCUAGAAUCUAAAAGCAUCUUUCACCUAGCAGUCAGCCUUUCCUUGCAUUUGUAGCACCCUGCAAAACCCAGUGCCAUCUUUCAAAGAAAGAAGUAUGCACUUUUGGGCUGCUUUUGUUAUGUUUGGGUUCCUUGUAAUCCUGAUGCAGAGCUUUAUGUGGGCUUUUUUUUUUUGCCUGCCCAGAGUUUGCAUGGGUAUAGUAGAGGAGCCAGGAAAGCUUCCACUGUUGAUUCUCCAUUCAAGAAGGCAUUCAAAAGGUCUACUUCUUUGGUUCUCUUCUGACCAGCAACAUAUAAUAUCUCUUUGCAGUGAACAUCAACCUUUUUCUCCCAUACAAAAUGAAAACUAAAAAACCAACAAAACAAAACCAACAAAAGGUGGUAAGCUGCUUUCUCAAUAUUGCACCUUGCUUUGGCAUUACCCACAUUUUUCUUGCUUGGGGAUUUUGUCAGUUUUCUGUCUAAUGGUGUUACCGGGGCAUCUUCUGAAAUGUGUAAGUAUUGCAUAUGAAGUCAGGAUCCCUAGAUAACGAAAACUGUUUGCUUAACCUAAUAGGGAAAGAUAUAAGGUGAAUUUCUUUAUCUGAACAAUUGCCUCAGUAUAAAAAAAAAUAUGGUUUAGGGUUAGGGUAGUAGCUACAAUCUCUAGAGUCUAUAAUCUCUAAACUAGAGAGUUUCUGACAGGAUGUUGGAGGGGGAAAAAUAGGUUUGCUAAGUCACCAUCUUUUACUGUAUUCACUUGUUUUCUGCCGUGUUAUCACUGAACAUGCAGAAAAAGUUAAAGGCUGGCCUUGAUUUCUCCAAAGGCUCAAAUUCCCGUUGCUGUCCCUGAUGCAAAAAUUUUUAAGUUCUUAAAUAAUCCUAGAAAAUGCCUUCAAAGUAGUUCAAAUUUCAGCAUUGAAAUUUUGUCACAUUAGAAGUUUACAAAUGCUCACUAGGAAACCCCCAAAAUAAAUAAAUAAAAAAACCCCACUGAAAUUUGGAUCUGUAUGCUUUUGUAGGGUUCCAUACCUUCCUGAAAUCUGCUACGAUGGUUUCUCCAACUCUCUGAAGCAGAGUUUCUGAGCAUGUAGGAAGAGAAAAUAGUGCUAAUAGAAAUCUAGUUAUGCAACAUUGGACCUUGGACUUUACUUCAAAGAUGUAUUGGGUCUGCAGAUCAGGUUUCAGCAUCUAGUUAAAGAAAGAUACACACUAGUCAAUGGGUUUAUAGUAAAAAACAAUCCCCAGAAGAUAAGCUAAUUUAUUAGAAGGGUAAUACUGCAUACACUAAAUAUAAUACUUUUAUCGGCAACUUUGUCAUACUACAAAUUAUUCAGAACAAAGAGUAUUAAUUUUUUUCACAAAGAAACAAAAACAUGUAUCUAGUCAUUGAUUUCACAGAAUGUCACUGAUCUUCAGCAAUUUGAAAUUGCUGAAUAUUACAUUUUCAGUAAUAGCUUGGCAAACUCCCAUUGCAAAUAUACUGUAGUUCAUUUCCUUCUGAGACUUUACACAAAAUUUGGCUCAAUAUGCUGUUCUCAUUCUCUCAUAAAAUCAUUCAUUUUUAAAGAGUUGCAAAUAGUAUAAUCUCACUGGAUUAGUAUUAGCCUAGAUAGAUUAAAAAUGUUUAUAUAUAAGUAGAAGCCAAGCUAAAUAGUUGGCUAUAGUUCCUAACAUAUCAUUAUGCCCCAAUUUGUGGUAUUGUCUCAAAUGGUCUGACUGUUUAAUACUAUUUUUGGAAAAUGAGACCUAGUUUAUAGCUUCUAUCUCCCUCCAGGAAGUUCAGUAUAUUUAAAAAGUGGCUUCUAACCAUUUGGGCCUUCUAAGAGUGAUAAUCUUUUACUGUAUUCAUUGUAUGGACACUGUGACAUGCUUGUAAAAUGACUACUAUGAUUCUGGAGACUAGCAUGCUCAGGAUUUCAGUGCAGUCUGGGACCCUUUCCUUUCUCUUUGCUUUGGAACAAGGGCUUCCUUCCUUGUUCUCAUUGACUUCGGGAAAGUGAGAGGAUCAACAAAGUGAGGGAAAUGACCCCAAAUAAUUUCUAAACAUUCAGUAUAAAUCAUUUCUAUUAAAGAUAACUUUAAAUUUCAGGAAAUAUCAACUUUCUGCAACAAAGAAUUUUAAAGAGAUGACUCAAAAGAUUCUUCUGAAUAAUAGAACACCUUUAACCAAUUAGAGCACAUGUGCAUUUUUUUGUUUUUAAUGUAUUAUGUUGCUGGUUUUGGAUUAUAUCUUGCAACUAAAUUGUUGAGCUGUUGCUAUCUUUACAUAAAUGUUCAUUGCUGAGACUGCUGUUAUUUUCUGACUGAAAGUCAUCCAGACAGUUUCCCAAGUUCAGUGAUUUUGUUCUUCUGAAGGAUUCAAUCAUCUGUGCAUAGCUGUCUUUUGUCUUCACCUGAAUCUUGUUCUAACUGACACAUAAACUAUUUAAACCUA